AUGUCCGAGACUAGUAACCCGUCAACCCGCUCCGACGACAACGACAACGACAACAGCUUGGUGUCGCUUUUCGAUACCUUCUACGACGCGCCUGGAAGCCCAUCACCAGAGCAAGAGCAAGCCAUGAUGCCUAAGCGACUCCUCGAAAGAGCUGAAACCGCUGUUGAAGAAGCUCAGGCUGCACACCAGACCUCUACCAACGUCGUCGCCUACAUCCUCGGUGAAGACAGGGCGCUCAAGAUACUUCCAGAUGCAAGCGACAAUCACACUUGCGGAACUGGCAACGAUAUCAGCACUUCGUCCGUCGACAAAGCUGGACCUGCUGCCGAACGCAGACUCUCGAGCUCCAACGUGAACAGCAUUAAGGUCGGCCGCCACACUCGUCUUCGAAAUGCAGAGAAAGACAACACCAACCAAGAUAUCGAUCUAUCUGUCCAGAUCCACGAUGCGCUGCUAGACGAAAAACAAACCGGGAAAGUCCUGCUUGCCGCAAAGGGUCGCGUUCAGGCCGUUUGGCACAUAUGGGAAGCCAAGAUGAAGACGAUGAACUACAUGUUGAUGGAAAGCUGGAAGACGGGGCGGCCAUAG